AUGGCACCGAGGACGACGCAGGCGCUCGAGAUCUUCACGGAGCGCGACCACAUCCCCGAGAACUUGUCCAUCCUCACAUACACCCAAGAAGAGGAGGUUCACGACUACUUCGACGCCGAAUGGGACGAAGAGGAAGUGAUUCCAACAGCGCGCUCGCGGAGCGCAAGUGUCGAGACCAUCUGGAGCUCGUGCAGCACGCCUGGGACCUUCAGUGUGCUUGGCGUCUGCGCCACCCCAACGAAUCCUCAAGCCAAGAAGACCACCCCUCGUCGAAUGAGCAGUCCGGUGAGAAUGUCACCACCCGAGACCCAAGUAGAGCGCUCACUGCCCAAACUGCCGUCCUUGCCGCAUCUCUUCCGACCUAGCGAGCUGGGCAUCGACCUCAGCAGCGUCAUUGGAGACCCGCGCGGAGCAGGAGCAGUACGCUAG